AUGGGUCUGAACUUGGAGGAGAUCUAUGGCCAAAUUCUAGUGAAUGAGCACCAACCAAACGAGUAUUCGGAAUACCAGCCAAAACAAGGAUAUGGCUGGGCGAAUACCUUGCCGGAGCGGCAGGGGCUGUACAACCCCGAGUAUGAAAAGGAUGCUUGUGGUGUAGGCUUUGCUGCUCAUAUUAAAGGCAAGCCUAGCCACAAGAUUGUCAGUGAUGCUCGGAAUCUACUGUGCAAUAUGACGCAUCGAGGUGCUGUUGGCUCAGAUGCAAGAGAUGGCGACGGUGCCGGUGUGAUGACCAGUAUUCCCCACAAGUUCUUUAUCAAGAACUUUGCCCGCGAAGUAGGGGUUGAACUUCCACCACUCGGGCAGUAUGCUGCGGGCAACCUAUUUUUUAAACCCGAUGAGGAAUCCCACAAGGAGUCCACUGCAUCAUUUGAGGAGAUCGCCACUUCCCUCGGGUUGCGGGUCCUUGGAUGGCGUGAAGUUCCUCGGGAUUCGACCAUUUUGGGUCCUGCUGCCCUAUCGCGGGAGCCUAUUAUUAUGCAACCGUUCGUGGUGUUGAGGUCUGCUUACGGCGAAGGAGACAAGCCGGAGGUUACCGAUCCAGGAUUAUUUGACGAGAGAUACUUUGAGCGUCAACUGUACGUUCUUCGGAAACGUGCCACCCAUGUUAUUGGCCUUGCCAACUGGUUCUAUCUAUGUUCUCUCAGCAACAGGAACAUUGUGUACAAAGGUCAAUUGGCCCCUAUUCAAGUAUACCAGUAUUACCAUGAUCUAGUCAACGUGGACUAUGAAGGCCAUUUUGCCCUGGUGCAUUCUCGUUUCUCCACCAAUACAUUUCCCUCUUGGGAUCGUGCACAGCCUUUGCGAUGGGCUGCUCACAAUGGUGAAAUCAACACACUUCGAGGCAACAAAAACUGGAUGCGAGCUAGAGAGGGAGUGCUCAGGUCCGACAUAUUUGGUGAUGAGCUCGAUAGCCUUUAUCCAAUAGUUGAGGACGGUGGCUCCGACUCUGCGGCCUUCGAUAAUGUAUUGGAGUUGUUGAUGAUAAACGGCGUUUUGUCUUUGCCCGAAGCGGUUAUGCUCAUGAUUCCAGAAGCAUGGCAAGACAACCCAGCGAUGGACCCCGCCAAGGCAGCAUUUUAUGAGUGGGCUGCUUGCCAGAUGGAGCCAUGGGAUGGUCCCGCCCUUUUUACUUUCUCCGAUGGACGAUACUGUGGUGCUAACUUGGACCGCAACGGCCUGCGCCCCUGCCGUUUCUAUGUGACGGACGAUGACCGUAUAAUUUGUGCGUCUGAAGUUGGGGCCGUUGACAUUGACCCUGAGCGUGUGGUCCAGAAAGGUCGUCUGCAACCUGGCAAGAUGCUCUUGGUGGACACCGUGGCUGGCCGAAUUAUUGACGACUCUGAACUGAAGUAUACUGUUGCGCAUCGCCAAGAUUUUGCGUCAUGGCUGGAUAAGCAGCUUUUGAAACUUCCUGCUGUCAAGGAGAAGCUGCUUGAACAGAAUGUAACCCUUGACUUUUCCCUUGAUGAUACCACUGUCCAGAACGAUCCCCGUCUAAAGGCUUUCGGAUAUUCCUUCGAGCAGGUCAGCCUGCUUCUUGGCCCUAUGGCUGCUGACUCGAAGGAAGCCCUUGGCUCGAUGGGCAACGACGCUCCGUUAGCUUGCAUUGCCGAACAGCCCCGUCUUCUGUACGAAUAUUUCCGUCAGCUUUUCGCUCAGGUGACAAAUCCACCCAUUGACCCUAUUCGAGAGGCCGUUGUCAUGUCACUGGACUGCUACGUUGGGCCUCAAGGUAACCUCCUGGAGAUGGACUCCUCUCAAUGUCAUCGACUGCUUCUUCCUUCGCCUAUUUUAAGCAUCCCCGAGUUCAAUUCUCUGAAAAACAUCAACCACGCCCACAAGGACUGGACGGUGAAGACGAUCGACAUUACCUUCGACAAGUCAAAGGGUGUUCCCGGAUAUCUCGAGGCUCUGGACGCCAUCUGCGAUGCAACCACUGAUGCUAUUCAGAAUGGGGAUAAGGUCAUUGUACUUUCGGACCGGGCAACUUCUGCUAGUAGAGUUCCCAUUUCUGCCCUCUUGGCAACUGGGUUGGUCCAUCACCACUUGGUUCGCAACAAAUGGAGAUCUCUUGCUGCCCUGGUCGUCGAAACCGCAGAGGCUCGUGAAGUGCACCAUAUGUGUGUUCUGGUCGGUUAUGGUGCUGAUGCGAUCAAUCCCUACCUGGCUAUGGAGUGUAUCCUUAAGAUGAAUCGCGAGAAUCUGAUCCGAAAACAGGUCUCCGAUGAAAAAGUCAUCGAAAAUUAUAAAGCCUCUUGUGACGGUGGUAUCUUGAAAGUCAUGAGCAAGAUGGGUAUUUCUACUUUGCAGUCGUACAAGGGUGCUCAGAUCUUCGAGGCCCUCGGUAUUGAUGACGAUGUUAUUGACCGGUGUUUCGCUGGGACCGCAAGCCGUAUUCGCGGCUUGACCUUUGAGCUGAUUGCCCAGGAUGCGUUUGCCUUCCACGAACGUGGCUACCCCUCGCGGUCGAUCAUUGAGAUCCCAGGUCUUCCGGAAUCCGGCGAAUAUCACUGGCGAGAUGGAGGCGAAGAGCAUGUUAAUGACCCUGUUAGCAUCGCCAAUAUGCAGGAUGCCGUUCGCACAAAGAAUGAUAAAUCUUACGAGGCAUAUGCCAAGGCCGAACAUGAGCAGAUCAAGAACUGUACCCUCCGUGGUAUGCUUGAUUUCGACUUCGAGCAGAGGACGCCCAUACCUAUUGAUCAGGUUGAGCCUUGGACUGAAAUUGUUCGUCGGUUCGUGACUGGUGCUAUGUCCUAUGGGUCUAUCUCCAUGGAAUCCCACUCGACCUUGGCUAUCGCCAUGAAUCGUCUUGGAGGUAAAUCCAACACUGGCGAGGGUGGUGAAGAUCCCGAAAGGAGCAAACGUCUAGAAAAUGGUGAUACUAUGCGGUCAGCUAUCAAACAAAUCGCCUCUGGUCGUUUUGGCGUGACGUCUCAUUACCUGGCCGAUGCCGAUGAGCUGCAGAUUAAAAUGGCCCAGGGUGCUAAGCCCGGUGAAGGUGGUGAGCUCCCAGGUCAUAAAGUCGUCGGCCCUAUUGCCCACACACGUUACUCCACCCCUGGUGUUGGUCUAAUCUCGCCACCGCCGCACCAUGACAUUUACUCCAUUGAGGAUCUGAAGCAGCUCAUUUACGAUCUCAAGUGCUCGAACCCCCGUGCCCGUGUUUCCGUCAAGCUCGUUUCAGAGGUCGGUGUUGGCAUUGUUGCCUCUGGUGUCGCCAAGGCUAAGGCUGACCACAUUUUGAUUUCGGGCCACGAUGGUGGUACUGGUGCCUCACGUUGGACUGGUAUAAAAUAUGCUGGCCUUCCAUGGGAAUUGGGUCUCGCUGAGACCCAUCAAACCCUUGUUCUGAAUGACCUGCGUGGUCGUGUGGUUGUUCAAACUGACGGCCAACUCCGCACUGGCCGUGACAUUGCCGUUGCAUGUCUUCUUGGUGCCGAAGAGUUUGGUUUUGCCACCACUCCUCUGAUUGCCAUGGGUUGCAUCAUGAUGAGAAAAUGCCACUUGAACACCUGUCCUGUCGGUAUUGCGACACAGGACCCCGAGCUCCGUGCUAAAUUUUCCGGAACUCCUGAGCAUGUCAUCAAUUUCUUCUACUAUCUUGCUAAUGAAAUGCGUGCCAUUAUGGCCAAAUUGGGCGUGCGUACUGUCAACGAGAUGGUUGGACGUGCUGAGUUGCUCAAAGUUAGAGACGACAUUCGGACCCCCAAGCAGGAGAAGAUCGACUUGUCUCUCAUUCUCACUCCUGCUCAUUCUCUCCGCCCUGGAGUGGCUACAUACAAUGUUCGGAAGCAAGACCACCGCCUGCAUACUCGCCUUGAUAACAAGCUGAUCGCCGAGUCGGAGCUUGCCCUGGAGAAGGGUCUCCCGUGUAGGAUCGAAUGUGAUAUUGUUAAUACUGAUCGCGCCUUGGGCGCCACUCUCUCUUACCAGGUUAGUCGUCGCUUUGGUGGCGAAGGUCUCCCCCAAGAUACCAUUCACGCCAAUAUUAAGGGCUCUGCCGGUCAAUCAUUUGGAGCCUACCUUGCACCAGGUAUUACUCUUGAACUUGAGGGUGACGCCAACGAUUACGUCGGAAAGGGCUUGUCGGGAGGUCGCCUUAUCAUUUACCCGCCUCGUGGUGCCGUUUUCAAAGCGGAGGACAACGUGGUCGUCGGUAAUACGUGCCUUUAUGGAGCCACUCGCGGUACCUGUUAUUUCCGCGGUAUGGCCGCUGAGCGUUUUGCCGUACGCAAUUCGGGAGCCACUGCUGUUGUUGAAGGCGUCGGUGACCACGGAUGUGAGUACAUGACUGGUGGUCGUGUGCUCAUCCUUGGAUCAACUGGCCGUAACUUUGCUGCUGGUAUGUCUGGCGGUAUUGCCUAUAUUCUGGACAUGAACCAGGACUUCCACUCCAAGGUCAAUAUGGAAAUGGUUGAAAUCUCCGGUUUGGAGGAUCCUGCUGAAAUUGCCUUUGUCCGCGGUCUUAUUGAGGAUCAUCACCACUACACCGGCUCCGAACUGGCAGCUCGUAUUCUCCUUGACUUCACUCGUGCCCUUCCUCAUUUCGUCAAAGUGUUGCCCACCGACUACAAGCGAAUCUUGGAGGAGGAAGCUGCCAAGGCGGAGGCUGCGAAGAAGGCUGAGUUCACUCUGCCUCAGCUUCCUGGCGCCCCUGUGAAAACGGAGAAACUAAAGAGCGACGAAUCUAAGAAGGCCGAGAUGCUGGACAUUGAAGACAGUAUCAGCGACUCAAAGACUGAGAAGAAAAGGUCAGCUCUCAUCCUCGACAAGACCCGGGGCUUCAUGAAGUAUAGCCGGCGUAGCGAGAAGUACCGCAAUCCUGUCAGCCGCACUCGGGAUUGGGCAGAGCUUUCUAAUCGUCUCAGCGAGGAUGAGCUCAAAUAUCAGUCUGCUCGUUGCAUGGAUUGCGGUGUGCCAUUCUGCCAGUCGGACACCGGUUGUCCAAUCUCCAACAUUAUUCCCAAAUGGAAUGAAUUGGUUUUCCAGAACCAGUGGCAAGACGCAUUAAACCGCUUGCUUAUGACCAACAACUUCCCUGAAUUUACGGGACGUGUUUGUCCUGCUCCUUGCGAAGGUGCUUGCGUUCUUGGUAUCAACGAAGAUCCUGUGGGCAUCAAAUCUAUCGAGUGUGCCAUUAUUGACCGUGGUUUUGAGAUGGGCUGGAUGGUUCCUCGGCCUCCCUCGAGUCGCACCGGCAAGACUAUUGCUGUUAUCGGUUCGGGCCCUGCUGGCCUCGCGGCGGCUGAUCAGCUUAACCGCGCUGGUCACAGUGUGACAGUCUAUGAGCGUGCUGAUCGCUUCGGUGGUCUGCUCAUGUACGGCAUUCCAAACAUGAAGCUUGACAAGAAGGUUGUGCAGCGCCGUGUUGAUUUGAUGGCUGCCGAGGGCAUCAAGUUCGUCCCCAACACUCCUGUUGGCCCUGAUAACGAUAUAUCAUUGGAUUCUCUGCGCAGGAGUAGUGACGCUGUCAUCAUUGCUACUGGUGCCACCGUCGGCCGUGACCUUAAAGUUCCUGGUCGUGAGCUCGAUGGUGUGCAUUUUGCCAUGCAAUUUUUGCACCGCAACACCAAGUCACUUCUUGACUCAAACCUUGCCGACGGUGCGUACAUUUCCGCCAAGGACAAGCACGUCGUUGUUAUUGGCGGUGGCGACACUGGCAAUGACUGUAUCGGCACUUCUGUUCGCCACGGAGCCAAAUCCGUCACCAACUUUGAAUUAUUGCCCCAGCCUCCCCCAGAGCGAGCUCGCGAUAACCCAUGGCCUCAAUGGCCCCGUAUCUACCGUGUCGACUACGGCCACUCCGAAGUCAAGACCCAUAUGGGCAAGGAUCCUCGCGAGUACUGUGUUAUGUCCAAGGAAUUUGUUGAUGAUGGCAAUGGUCACGUCAAAGGGAUCAAUACUGUCCGUGUCGAAUGGACCAAGAGCGCCUCUGGUGGUUGGGAUAUGAAGACUGUCGAAGGUAGCGAACAGUUUUUCCCCGCCGAUCUUGUUCUCCUUUCUAUGGGUUUCCUUGGUCCUGAGGACCGUCUUCUGGGUGAUGAAAUUGAACGCGAUGCACGUAAGAAUGUGAAGACUCCUCCUGGCCAAUACACCUCCAAUAUUCCAGGCGUCUUUGCCGCUGGCGAUUGCCGCCGCGGACAGUCGCUCAUUGUUUGGGGCAUCAACGAAGGCCGUCAAUGCGCUCGUGAAGUCGACAGCUACCUCUUGAACACUAGCUCCCAGCUCCCUGUCACUGGUGGCAUCACUCGUCGGCCGGCAAUCGAUGCGGUUCCACAGUUCACUGAACAGACAGUGUCUGCAUAA